AUGACAUCAAAAGUUCACAGAGUCCUCCUAACUUGGUGGCUAACCCAGCAGCUGACUGGCCUGACAGAGCUCACCAUGCUAGACAUGGCUCCCAAUGCAUUUGACGAUCAGUAUGAGGGCUGUGUGGAAGAAAUGGAUGAAAAGGCACCCCAGCUAUUACAAGAAGACUUCAACAUGAACGAGCAAUUAAAACUUGAGUGGGAAAGGGCAGAGCAGCAAUGGGAGACGAUAAAAAAUAGAAGGAAUUAUUCCGAAGGUUUCCAUGACUUCCAUGGAAUAGCUUUAGUGACUUACACUGGGAACCUCGCCAAAGAUUUUAACAGAGCUGUUAGAGCGUUCAAGACAAACCCAGCCAACUUCCAUUACAAAGCCUUCCACUACUACUUAACAAGAGCUCUUCAGCUUCUGAGUAACCAGAAUUGUUUCACGGUUUAUCGAGGCACUAAGACCAAGUUUAAUUACAGAGAGAAGGGCUCUGUGCGAUUUGGGCAGUUCGCUUCCUCAACUAUGGCUAAGAGUGUAGCUCUUUCUCCAGAAUUUUGCAGUGAUCGUGGGACACUGUUUACCAUCAACACCUGCUUGGGGGUUGAUAUCAAAGACAUCUCCUCCUUCCCUCGUGAAGAGGAAGUGUUAAUUCCAGGCUAUGAAGUAUAUCACGAAGUCACCAUAACACGAAAUGAAAAUGGGUACAACAAAAUUUCUCUGGCCUCCCCCCAAAGAAAGAAGAGCAACUUCAAUUGCUUCUAUAAUGGUUCUACUGAAAUAGACAUCUGCCAUUUGAGAAGCUCAGGAACCGGAGAGAGCUGUGCAUUCUGGCUCCUUGUGGUGAUGUUCUGUCUCCUGGUUCAGCUGCUUCCUCCUGAUGAGCGGUAG